AUGGCGGCAGUACAAUGGCGUCCAGCCCGCGUACUCGCCUUAACAAUCGGCCUCGGCGUUAUAAUACUACUAUUCAACUUCCACCUUCUCGACCGAGAUCCCGUCGUCAUUGUCGGGGACCAGCGGAUAUCUCUUAAGAAGGAGAAGGGUAAACCGUUUGCUGUUGAUCCGCUGAUGAAAAUGACGGGACCGCCGGAAGGUAUUCUUUACGGCCCAGGCCAAGCCGAACGUGUCAACGCUACACUUCUAUCACUCGUCCGGAACGAAGAACUAGAAGGCAUGCUACAAGCAAUGGACGACCUCGAACGGACCUUCAAUUCCAAAUUCAACUACCCGUGGACCUUCAUCAACGACGUCCCCUUCACAAAACAAUUCAUGGAAGCUACAAAGGCAAAAACUCAAGCAAAAGUGUAUUACGAAGUCAUCCCGAAAGAACAUUGGGAAGUCCCGGCAUGGAUCAACUCCGACCUCAUGGCAGCAAGUGCAUCACUACUGGAACAGCAAGGCGUACAAUACAGCGGCAUGAAAAGCUACCAUCAAAUGUGUCGAUGGAAUUCCGGGAUGUUUUACAAACACCCCGCUUUGCUAAAAUACAAAUGGUACUGGCGAGUCGAACCGAAGGUCCAUUUCUUCUGUGACAUCGACUAUGAUGUCUUCCGCUACAUGCAAGACUACAAUAAAACCUACGGAUUCGUAAUCAACAUCUACGACUCCCCACAAUCGAUCACAUCACUUUGGCCAUCAGUUCAGGAGUUUAUGGCCGAACAUCCGGAAUAUAUUCAUCCUAAUAAUGCUAUGAAAUGGCUUACCGACGCCGAGAAUAGACCUGAACAUAACGAAGGCGCGAAUGGAUACUCUACGUGUCAUUUUUGGUCGAAUUUUGAAAUCGCGGAUAUGGAAUUCUGGAGGAGUAAGAAGUAUGAAGACUUCUUCAAUCAUUUGGAUCGUGCCGGUGGGUUCUUUUAUGAAAGGUGGGGGGAUGCGCCGGUUCAUUCGGUGGCUUUGGGGUUGAUGGAGGAUAAAGAUAAGAUACAUUGGUUCCAUGAUAUUGGGUACCAGCAUAUUCCGUACUUUAACUGUCCAAAUUCGGACAAGUGUAAAGGAUGUGAGGCUGGAAGGUUUACCGAUGGUCAAGGACUGGACCAAGAAGAUUGCAGAAUCAAUUGGUUCAAGUAUGCACAUAUGAACUGA